AUGGCAGCUACCCCAAGGCAAUUAAAGCUAAUAGACGAAGCAGUCAACAAUCAUCUUAAGUACUAUGACACGGCAUUUUCAGAUUUACUAAAACAUAGAGUAGAAUGUUUAUUAUUAAAUACAAUAUUAUCAAAAGAUUAUAAUCAAAAUGUAGAAGAAGAAGAAUCACAAUCAAAAAUUCCAUCACUGACAAGAUUAAGACUUCAUAAAUUUCAAGUAGAAAAUUCAAAGUUAGAAUUAUCAAUAACGAAUCAUAUUGAUCAAUUUUUAACAAUAUUAUCAAUACAGAAUAAAAUGAAACCUGAUAUAAUAACUGAUAUAACAAAUCAACUUACAAAUAUAUUAAAUCAAAAUGAUCAUUUAAAAUCUAAGAUAAAUAGAAUUAAUACAAUUGAAAAACCAUUAAUGGAUAAAAUUACGGGAUUAAUUGAAAGUUUUGAAACUAAUGUAAAUAAAAUGAAAGUAAGAUUAAUGCAUCCAUCAAUUAUAAAAAAUCUUGAUAAUCCAUCAAGAACAGAAGAACAAAAAGCGAAUGAUUUAUUACAAAUAGACUAUAGGUCAUUUGUAUUACAACUUGAAGACAUAAAGCAAGAGUUUAAGAAUUUCCCAAACUUUGAUGAUGAACUACUUAAUAAAGAAAUUGAAGAAAAUUUAAACAAUAUUAAAAUCUUUGAUAAAUUAGAUGAUGACCAAAUAAUUUAUAAAUUAUCAAGAUCAACUUUGCCUGAUAUAUCAGAAGAAUUAACAAUAGAUAAUUAUGAAGAUUUAAUUUUAAAAACAAUAGAUGAUAUUAAAAUUUUAAAUAAUGAAAAUGAAAAAACUAAAACAAGUUGGAAUUCAAAUGCUGAAAUAAUAAUGAAAUUUAAAAAUAUAAUAGAUGAAUCAAAAGAUGAUGAUAAUGAUAUUAAAAUGGAAGAAUAA